AGCGCGUCACACCGCCCGCGCUCCGCCCCCCGCUCCUGCUCCUGCUGCCGGCGCCGCCGCCGCCGCCGCCACCUCGGCCCGGCGCGGGCGGCAGGGCGGACGGCGCAGCCAUGGAGCCCGAGUGCCGGGUGCUCUCCAUCCAGAGCCACGUCGUGCGCGGCUACGUGGGCAACAAGGCGGCCACCUUCCCCCUGCAGGUUUUGGGAUUUGAAGUUGAUACGGUGAACUCUGUCCAGUUUUCGAACCACACAGGUUAUGCCCACUGGAAGGGUCAGGUGCUGAAUUCAGACGAACUUCAUGAACUGUAUGAAGGACUGAAGCUGAACAAGGUCAACCGCUAUGAUUAUGUACUCACAGGGUAUACAAGAGACACAUCGUUUCUUGCAAUGGUGGUGGAUAUUGUCCAGGAGUUGAAGCAACAGAAUUCCAACCUUGUAUAUGUGUGUGAUCCAGUGAUGGGUGACAAAUGGAAUGGAGAAGGCUCUAUGUAUGUGCCCAAGGAUCUCCUCCCAGUCUACAGGGACAAAGUUGUACCUGUUGCAGAUAUAAUUACUCCUAACCAGUUUGAAGCUGAGUUACUCACGGGCAGGAAGAUUUACACCGAGAAAGAUGCUGUAGAGGUAAUGGAUAUGCUCCAUGCCAUGGGACCAGAGACUGUGGUGAUCACAAGCUCAGAUCUGCAGGCACCCCUGGGAAAUGACUACUUAAUUGCUCUGGGAAGCCACAGAAAAACUAAAGCAGAUGGUACCAGGAUAACACAAAGAAUUCGAAUGGAGUCUCCUAAAGUGGAUGCUGUCUUUGUUGGAACAGGAGACCUGUUUGCUGCUAUGCUUCUGGCAUGGACACACAAGCAUCCAAACAAUUUGAAGGUGGCGUGUGAAAAGACCGUGUCAGCCAUGCAGCACGUUCUGCAAAGGACCAUUAAGAGUGCAAAAGCACAAGCUGGCGAAGGAAACAAACCAAACUCAGCCCAGCUGGAACUGAGAAUGGUCCAAAGCAAAAAGGACAUAGAAAACCCAGAGAUCAUAGUGAAAGCCACCGUGUUAUAAAGGCUGUACGUCUCCAAUAACGCACAAUGUAUUGAUGUCCUCAUUUCUUUCCUGUAAAUUGUAAUAUUUGCCUUAGAUCUGUGACAGAAACCUGACUUUCAUGAAAUAGUGCCCAGCAUAGGCAGAUAUCCACUCUCAAACAUAUGUGCUGGCCUUGCUCAGUUUAAAAAACAAAACAGUUAGUGUGCAUUUGAGCAUAUUCCAGGUACCAAAAUGGCUGUCGGAUUCACUUAGUCUGUGUAAUCACCCAGGGCAAGAGAGAACAGUGUUCCUGCCUUGCCAAAGACUUUAGAUGUGAAUUUGCUAAUGGAAUGCUUGACUGACUGGAAAAUGUAUUUCAAGGUGGCAUCUAGUGCCAACGGAGCUGGCUCCAUGCUCCCUUCUCCUGGAGAUGCCUGGUUACCUCCUCGAGUAUUCAGUAUCUCAGCUGCUGCGAAACUAAGCAGGGUUAAAGCUACACACAAAAGUUCUGGUUGUGUGUAGGAGUACUUUGAAGAUGUUUGGCAUGUUCACUACUCUGAAGUGACCUUGAGGUGUCAUUCAUGUCACUGAUUUCUGCUCCUGCUUCUUGUCUGUAAACAAACACACAGUUUGGGACUGGCUGCUUAUUUCUCAUGUCCGUGGGUACCCACACGAUUUUCUUCCAAAAGCUGCUCCAGAAACACCUUCAUUGAUAAGAUAAUACUUUUAUUCAGUAUUCGCUGAUUAGAAGUUUGUAGUUCUACCUCCAAGGCCAGGUUUGAUUCUGUGUUUUUUUUUAACUAAGGACAAACAUUCUGUUAAGGACAAAAGAGAAAGCAGCUCUUACUCUGAAAGGUGCCUGCCCUGGUUUGUACUUAAAAACUACAUAGAGCACUUCCGCUUAACAAUAGUAAGCACUGUAGACAGGCUUAUCAAUGAAGCAAUGUGGGUAAAGUAUUAUUUUUGUUUUAGUGAGUUACAUGUGUUUACCAAAUGCAGCAAAACAUAGAAAAUUACCUUGUUCGUAACGUGAGUCUCUGCAGCCAGUUAGAGAUGACAGAAAUGCAUUGUUAUUAGUAAUGCAUCUAAACUUCAAAAAUGUUCUUCAUAAAGCUUCAAAAAUGGGAUUCUUAAUAAUUUCAGUGUCCAAUACAUCACACCCACAUCCUGAACCAGUGGGACAAGGUCUGUAUGGGACCCAUGUUCUUGAUGUCCCAAGACGAGGGAGGUCUAGUGUGCUGUUCACGUUCAGUUGAGGAGCUUUAUUUGUCUCAGACUGCGUAAUGGGAUUAAAAUUGCAUUUCUGAUUGCAGGAACAUGAAGAAAACUUUCAUUAGAGGAAAAUUUUUUCUUGAUUACCUGAGUAGGCUUAGGAAACUCACUCUGGGGUGUCCCCAGAUACCUUUCCUUCAUCUUCCUCCUCACACCUGCCUAACUGAUAGACUUCACUUAUCCCAUCAUUUUUAUGAAUUUCUGCCAUUGUAAAAGUUGUUUUCACCUAGUAGAAGACUAUUUUAUUCAUGACGUAAAUUUUCAGCUGAAUAGGUUUUCUUUCAUUGAAUAGUUAUCCUAAUUAAUAAGUCUCUGAAAUCCCUAAUUUUUAAUAUCUUUGAAGCAAAUGAAAUCUAAGAGGAAUGUGUUUUGCAGCAAGUAUAAGAGGCAAACUUCAGGCUUUUGCUCUCAACAACCAAUAUUAUUUCCUCUCAUGCAUUUGACAUAAAAAGGGGAAAAAAAUCAUAUGACUUAAGAGUUUUAAGGGAAAAAAACCCAACAGAAAUUAUCUACAAAAUGUGACUCUACUUCCACUGUUUUUAGUAAUCACUGUAAUGAAAUAACUUUCUAGCAAUAAUAAUUUUGGUGAUGCGAACAGUUGCUGAAAUUAGCAGUCCUUAACAGAGGUAAGAGCUCCUGGCUAAUAUGCAACAUGUAAAAAGAUACAAACUACCUUAACAGAAUGCAUAAAUAUUGAUGGGAAGCAGUGAAGAAGGAGCCAGGCUCUUCUCAGUGGUGCCCAGCAAAGGGAUAACAGGCAUUGGGCACAAACUGAAAUUCAGGAAAGUCCAUUUAAACAUUAAAAAAAAAUAUAUAAUUGACUAUGAGGGUGAUCAAACACUGGCACAGGUUGCCCAGAGAAGCUGUGGAGUCUCCAUCCUUGGAGAUACUCAGUGCUGACUGAACAUGGCCCGGAGCUGCACUUGGCCCUGCCUGCACGGGGAGGGUGGACCAGAUGGUCUCCAGAGGUCCCUUCCAACCUCAGCCAUCCUGUGGUUCUGUGAAGCACAACAAACUGCCUUUCUUUGCAGAGCUGUGUCUUUAAGUUGGUGCAAAUACUUCUUUUCUCCCUGCAGCACAAACUUCCAGAUGGGCCAGGAAAUAGCUCGUAUUAAUAUUUUGCCCCCUUCUCAGAUAAGCUGCUGCUUGCUUGGGCAGUUGUGCCAGGAAAACAGUUACUUUUUUCCAGAUAAUUCCUUUCAGCGAAGAUAUUUAAAUGCUGUAGCUAGUGGUGCAUUUCAGCAGUUGAACACUAAAAGGUUUUUAACUGCUUUUAAUAUUGAUUUACCAAGCAUUGUGUGCUAUACUGCAGACAUAACUACGAGCUUAUUUAUCUUUUACAAUCAGACUAUUUCAUGGGGAAGUGUAUAAUCCCUACUAUCCUCUUGGGAAGAAGGGAUCAACAUACUGAACUUCCCUACCUGUACAUGCCAUGGUCAAUGCCCUUUCAGUAAGUGUGAGACAGCAGGAUUUUAUUUUGCCACUGGAAUAAAUAGACCUUCACAAGAGGAUUGAGAGAAAAGCAAGGGCUGUUUCCCUGAAAUAAAGAAGCCUGUAAUUUAGAAAACUUAAAGCUACCUUGCAAACAAGGUUUUAAUUGUAAAGCAUAAUGAACAGUGAUCAGGCCAUAAAAGAGAAGGUGAUUAUGUUUGUUGAAGCAGCUUAUACAUGUCAGCUGUGAUCUUUUCCCACUGCUUCAAAGAAUGGAUCACUUGCACACCUUCCUUAGAAUCUGUGACAUAUCCAUGUUAACAACAACAAAAAAAAGAAUAUUAAUACUAAUGCUCAAUUUGCAAAAUUCGUAUUUCACAGUAGCUGGGUCCUGUAGCAAUGGGCUGCUGGUUUUGUCUGCUUAAGUCCCUGGGGGUUGCUCAUGUGAUCACCUGUUUUAAACUCCUGCUGACCUGGUCUAAAUUAGGUCAGGUUAGGUCUUCAGUGAAGAAUUGGGCUUAACGUCACUUGCCAGGAACAAACAUCAGAAAUGAUCUGUAAAUAUAUUCUGUAGCUAACACUGUGUAGCCAGGGCAGUCUAACAGUUAUUUUUAAAUGCCAAGGUAUUUACUUACACACUUAAUACUUGGACGCAUUUUUAUUUGUUCAGGGUUGCACGGAGCUUGUGUGCAGAACAAAAUUUCAGAGACCCAGCACAGUCCUGUCCAAUGUUUUGUUCCCUCCUCUCCUCCUGCACAUAAUACCUGUAUCUUUUUCUGAGUUCCUGCUGUCUGUCUGGUGCAGCUGGAAAGUGUCUCAGUAUCAGACAGCUGCCCACUAUUUAUUUAAGGGCUCGGGGGAGACUUUUCAGGGUUGUCUGAUCCGUUUGCAAACCUCUAGUUAAAGAUAAAAGGUUAAUCUGAACUAGCCUAGCUCCUAAUCGAUGACAGAACAAGCACUUUAGCCCAGAGAGUGGAAUCUGUAACUAAUGGAUAAUCUUCCAUGGCCGUCCUAAGAGCAUGAAAGGUGUCUGUAACCCAGAGUCCAGCACCCAGCUGUUCGGGACCCGUGACCUCACGUGUCCGUGUGAGGUCGGUGGCACAGGACACUCCUCGUGCUGCAGCUCGUCCGAGCAUGGAAGAGGUGAAUUCCUUGUGUUUGCAUCCGGCCGACUUCUUUAGUUCUGCUUACUGGAACUAAUUUUGUGUUGGGUCCCUCCUUUUUUUUCCCUGGAAUGGUUCACAGUGUGUGUGUGCUCAGCCAUUUCAAUUGCUCCAAGCGCACUCACUUCAUUUGCGGACCCCUUAUGCAGGAGAGACCAAAAGUUGUUUACAAACCCAUCUACUCUGUCCUGGGCCAGGAUUGGUCUCCACGUGAAAGUUCCCAUGUGCAUAAAGACGUUGUGCUGAAAUCAAUGUUGUUCCCACUCGAUACAAACACCUUAAGAAAUCUGCAGUGUGAAUUGUUAGUGUUUCUUUGCUGAUUUUUAUCGUAAGAGGGGAGAAUUCUAUGAUUAAUGUGUUAAACAAAAGAAUCAGAGGACCAAGGUUUCCAGCUACUCAUACUGCCUUUUGAGUAUCUUAACUGUGUCUUGAUUGGAUGGUGUUAAUUUGUUGUCUGAGACUGUUAUGGUGAUUGUAUUGAUUGAUUUUACUUUAAAAUAUGUGUCAAGGAAGAUUGUAAUAAAAGCAUCUACGUUUAAUAUACUGUGCACACACAAAUUGUUAGAUCCUGUUUUUAGAUAAUGUUAAUUGUUUCAGAAUCAAACAGCACAAGAAUGGUUUUAUAGUCUUGCUGAAUAAAGUGGAUGUAAUUAAAUAUUUCCCUAGUUAUGUCCUAGUAUAGAGGUAGGGUAGUUAAUGGAAGAGCACACAUUUGUGCCCUGCAAUCAUCUUACUGUAAGAUAUGGACGUGGAAGUGAGUAACAUCCUUGUUGUCUUAAUUUUUAUUUUUUUUUUUAAAGUUUCAUGGGAAGACAGCUACCGGCAUUCUGCACCACUCUCUUGCAUUCCUCUUGCUUGCAUGUGUAGGAACUCAUGGUGUUGUGCUCUUUAUUCCUGCAAGCAAGGUGAGAAGAGGGCCUUGGAGAAAGAACCAUAACUCAUUUUGAGAUCUGUUUCUUGUACGGAAUUUAGCUGCACUCCCCUUCACUGAAUUUUUACCUCACUAUGUGGAUUAGAGCAUACAGGACUGUACAGUGGGAAGCAAUUGCUCCUCAUGUGGGAAUAAGUGCUUCUGUCAGCACUCAGCAGUGUCCCUGCAAGAGGGAGAGAGCAGGGAUCCAGGUUAGGGAGAGCACUGACCAUUGGAGAGGGUGCUGUGUCAUUACACUUAGCUCCACUGGAGAAUUUUGGCUUGUAUUUAUACUAAAUAACCACCCCUCCUGAGUAAAGGUCUUUGCCCAGUUAAAGAGCACUUUUAAAGGCUGAGACGUGUUACAAAGUCUGGUCAUUCUGGUACUGAAAUAUUCCUUUAAAAAUGAAAACACAGCCCCUUCUUUUAUAUCCCAUUGCAUUCUUACUGGCUUAGUGACCUGUUAGAAUGCCAGGAUAAGAUAUUCAGAGCUGUACUUUCUUCAUGAAAGACGUUUGCUUCUGGUGAGAGGCUGCUGAACAGUUCUGUAGCUUUCUAAAACACUUCCAUUCAAGACAUAUAUCAAAGCUCUGAGAUGUUCAAUCACAGCCCCAACUCUUCUCUUUUAAAUGAAUGAGUAAACCAGCGAGUUUACACCUGCAUGCAGGAGCAGAUUUCAGGUAAAUCCAUGAGGUUCAAUCAGACACUGCAGGAAGGGCACUGAAUGCAAGGGAGCUGCUAUUUUGUCUGCAAGGUUUCAGUGGAGACCAAGCGAGUUCUCACCAUUUUCCAGAAGGCAGGAACGUGGUGUGGCAUUCCAACAGCCAGGGAAGGCUCCCCUCUGCCUCACCAGGAAACCAGUGCCACCAGUUUGGUGCUUUUACUGCUCCAGCAGCAGUGGGCCUGGAGGCAAACGGGAUACUCCUAAAUGUUCAUGCAUUCCUGACUUAGUGCCUCCACAGUGCAAAUAAAGGUAAUAAACCCCCAGUUUGCAGAGCAGUGAAUAAGGCAGCACAUUAUUCAGAGAGAGAGAAAACCAGCAAUAUGAGAAGGCUGUGCCAUAUGUUACCACUGAAAUCACUCUUACCUAUUGCCCUCGUGGUUGCAUUGCUGUUUAGAAAAACUCUGUGUGUAGAAGAGUGUAAUAUAUGUAGUCUGUGUGUGUGUGUGUGUGUGUGUAUGUGUGUGUGUGUGUGUGUAUGUUGAAGCUUUAUUUGCAAUGUGGUUAGGGGUGGGAAACAGAAUUUUUGGGGGGCUGGCUGAGUAGGCCUUCAGGAUGUGAGCAGAAGGUCUUAAAGAGAUAUAUUUUUAUAGAUUGUGCUGAAGCUUUGGGUCCCAGCCACACGUAGCCUUUUCUUCCAGAGAAGUAAAAUGGUUUGGAAAUAAAAGUCAGGUGGCUGUAAUAUAGUAGGGAUAGUACAACCCCACCAGCCCUGGACAAACUGAAUAACUUAAUAAAAGAUGCCUUUUUAAG